CGCAGGCCACAAAUCAUGUUUAAGUGCGAACCCAGGCAAAAAGUCGGAAACGAUUUUUUUAUCAAGUCUAUUAGCGACGGCGCUCAGGAGAAGCGCAGAACCACGUUUUUUAAAGUGGGGAUAACAUUGGGAAUUCUAUCUGCUCAUUUCGGGGGGGCGAGGAUUCUUGACCAGAAGCCUCAAACGGUGGACAUGGGAAAAGACUACUACAAGAUCUUGGGCAUCCCUUCAGGGGCUAACGAGGAUGAGAUCAAGAAAGCUUAUCGCAAAAUGGCCCUCAAGUACCACCCAGACAAGAACAAGGAUGCCAACGCCGAGGACAAGUUCAAGGAAAUUGCAGAGGCUUAUGACGUUCUGAGUGACCCUAAAAAGAGGGCAGUGUACGACCAGUACGGAGAGGAAGGUCUCAAGACAGGAGGUGGAUCAUCAGGUAACACUGGAAACUCGUUCCACUACACCUUCCACGGGGACCCUCAUGCCACCUUUGCUUCUUUCUUUGGAGGCUCAAACCCCUUUGACAUCUUCUUUGGCUCAGGCCGCACCCGUAUGGCCAAUGGCUUUGACCAUGAAGACAUGGACAUCGAAGAGGAUGACGACUAUCCUUUUAGUGGCUUUGGGUUCAAUGGCGUGAACGGAUUCCACCGGCGGCACGCAGAUCAGCUGCACAACCGACGGAAAGUGCAGGACCCCCCGGUCAUUCAUGAGCUCAAGGUGUCACUAGAGGAAAUCUAUCAUGGCUGUACCAAGCGUAUGAAGAUCACAAGGAGAAGGUUAAAUCCAGACGGCCGGACAGUAAGAACCGAGGACAAGAUCCUAAACGUGGUGAUCAAGAAAGGUUGGAAGGAGGGGACAAAGAUCACCUUCCCGAAAGAGGGGGAUGCCACGUCAGAGAACAUCCCUGCAGACAUUGUGUUCCUACUGAAAGACAGACCUCAUGCACAUUUCAAGAGAGAUGGGUCCAACAUAGUCUAUACUGCCAAGAUCACCCUGAAAGAGGCUCUGUGUGGCUGCACAGUCAACAUUCCCACCAUCGAUGGACGAGUCAUCCCGCUACCCUGCAGCGACAUCAUCAAGCCAGGAACCGUCAAACGGCUACGAGGUGAAGGCUUGCCGUUGCCCAAAGUCCCCACUCAGCGCGGCGACCUCAUAGUAGAGUUUCAAGUACGAUUUCCAGACAGAAUACCCCAACCAACCCGAGAACUCCUCAAACAGCACCUUCCAUGUUCCUAGUACUACACCUGCACAGGGGCCCGGGGCACCAUGCAAUACAUUACAGAAUCGCGCCAAGAGUUUUGCAGUGGACACUUGCAGUGUCUGAAUCCUGAGAUAAAGGUCUACAACCCACGUGCUAUGCAGAAAACUACUUUCUAGGGCUCAAAAUAAAACAAAAUAUAGACUUUUUUUCAAAAUUAGAUUUUUUUUUUUUUUUUUAAUGCCUGCCAUCUCCGUGUGAGGGCACAGCGGGCAGGCCCUGGUAACCAUAUUUACUGUUAGAGGGGGCACUUCAGUAGUUAUUUGUAUGGGAUGUUGGACUUCCAGCUGUAACUUGACUACCUUUACAAUCAGUAUUUUUUAGCGUCCGCUUCACACAAUGAACUACAGGACUUUUAGAGUAAAAAGGUUUUAUAAAUGUAAAAAGAUAAAAGAUUUGUAAAUAUAAUUUAAAGUGACUUUGCCCUUUCUACACACUGGGCAGAAAUAAAAGUAUGAGAUUGGGAAUUUUA